AUGGACUGGGAAAGAUCACUGAAUCGAACCAAGGUGAACUUUUCUACUCCAUUCUCAGCCCCCUCUUUCUCUGGGCUCGACCUCCUGUUUAACCUGAAGCUCAUCUUCAUCCCUCUCUACUCUGCUGUGGUCCUGGUUGCGUGCUCUGGCAACCUCCUCCUCCUCUUCCUCAUCUGGCACAAUAAGAAAAGACACAACACGACCAAUUUUCUCAUCAGCAACCUGGCACUCGUCGACCUGGUGAUGUGCAUCUUCUGCGUCCCUUUGACAGCGUCCUAUGCAUUUGAUAAGCGCGGAUGGGUGUUUGGAUCCCACAUGUGCCAUUUUGUCACCGUCAUGCAAUCCGCAGCUGUUUACGCAGCCGUCCUCUCCCUCAUGGCCAUUGCGGUGGAUCGUUACGUAGUUGUGGCUUAUCCCAUCCGAAAGAGAGCAGGCUACCGCUUCUGCUGGGUUCUUGUGGUCCUGAUCUGGCUCUCCUCUCUGGCUUUAUCCACGCCUACGGCACUGCACACUGUCUACCUGGACCUCCAGGCUGCAGGCCUGCAGAUGGCUGUGUGUGAGGAGUUCUGGGAUGGCCAGGAGCAGGGUCGCCUCAUUUACUCCUGUUUCAUUCUCUUCUUCUCCUACUUUGUCCCACUGGUUGCUGUCUCCAUUUCCUACUGUGCCAUUUCCUAUCAGCUGAAACACAGGAUGACUUCGAGCUUGACAGCAUGCACGGAGCUGAGAUCUGCACGGGCCACCUGGAGCAGACGGAGGAAGAAGACCUUCUGCUUGCUGCUGGUUUCAGUUCUCUGCUUUGCCUUCUCCUGGCUUCCUUUACAGGUGGUGAACCUGAUCCGUGACCUGGACACAGACUUCUCCAUCCUGGGGAAGAACUAUAUCAACGUCAUCCAGGUGUCCAGUCACCUCUUUGCCAUGAGCUCCGCUUGCUACAACCCAUUCAUUUAUGCUUCGCUGCAUAACAAAUUCCUCUCUUACCUGUGUCUCCACUUCCUGCCCUGGAGAAAAGGAAAAGCAAAAGACAGGCGACAAGGGUCAAGCGUCCUGACGGUGUCUCACAGAAUGCCGCGCCUUUACACCUCCACCAUUGCGGCAGAUUUGCAGGGUGUUGUUGCAAAUAAUGCCGAUCCUCAAGAAAACUACACGUAA